AUGGACCCGUUUAUCGCUGUGUCGCUGGCGGGCAACAUCUUACAGUUUCUCGCCUCGGCCCGGUCCGUGUACAAGCAAGUCGCAGAGAUUCGCUCCUCAGUGACAGGCCUCUCCCAGAAAAACGAUGCGAUGCUGUCGUCCGCCACGGAGCUCCACGACAUGGCUGAAUCCAUCACUGCUGGCUUGCAGUCCUUCCAGGGGACCAUGACUGGGACGGAAAAGAGCAUCCGCGACAUCGGCCAGCGCUGUCAGCAAUUGAGUCUCGAGCUGCAGGAAGACAUUAAAAAUAAGGCGGCCAAGGAUCGGUCCAGUGUCUUACGGGCGACAACCAGUGUCAUAGCGAGUUCUUGGAAGAUACCAGCGGCCGAGAAGAAGCUCAAGGAGCUCAACGAACUGCAAAAAUCGCUAUUUAAGCAGCUAAUCAUUCAUAUCAGCCGCAAACAGACCAGUCUGGGCAUGGCUAUGACGAGUCUGAUGGACCAGAACCGAAAAUUGGAAAUGAGCCGCGCGGAGGAGCUCGCGAAGCUCAAGAGCGAGAUCAUCGCCGCUUCUGAAUCCCUACAGCCGCUUCUAGCAAAGUCCUCCUCGGAACGCGAUACCAGAGAAAUGGGCGAAAAGUUAUUGUACUGGGUCGAGCAGGCGGCGGAUAUCAAGCGCGAGCAGGCCAUCAUUCAAAGCCUGCGUUUCGAUGGGAUGUUGCACCGGCGUGAGGAAAUUCCAACUGCGCACACCAACACGUUUCAGUGGGCGUUUGCGCCGCACUUGCACUUUCAAGAAUGGCUUGAGAGAGAUGACGGCGUGUACUGGGUCUCAGGAGACCCCGGGUCCGGGAAAUCGACACUCAUGAAGCAUCUCAGUAGCCACAGAACCACGCAAGAGGCACUCAGGAAAUGGGCCGGGGACAAGGAGCUGGUCAUGGCCAGGUUCUUCUUUUGGUUCUCGGGCACGGCAUUGCAAAAGUCGCAAGAGGGCCUGCUGCGGUCGCUGCUUUUUGAGAUUCUUCGCCAAUGUCCGUCUUCCAUCGCCGCGGCUUGUCCGUUGCGAUGGGAGUCAAACGCGUCUUAUCCGUGGGAGAGGGACGAGCUGAUGAGCACGUUUCAGCGCCUGCGCCUGCAACUCCCGUCGACACGUUUCUGCUUCUUCAUUGACGGCCUUGACGAGUAUCGAGGGGAAAUUGAGGCUGAUCACGGCAACCAUGUUCCGGGACACGUUGCAGAAAUUAUUGGCAUCAUGGACGUGCUGUCAAGCCUGCCUGAUGUGAAGCUCUGCAUUUCAAGCCGGCCCUGGCGCGCAUUCGAAAAUGCCUUUGGCGGACUCGCUAAUCGCAAGUUGUACGUGAAUGAGGAAAACAGCGGCGACAUUCGACUAUACAUUCGGGAUAAAUUCGAGAGAAGCCACGUAUUCACUGAAUUGAACUCCAAACGUGCCGAGCUUCAGGCUCUGGUCGAGGAAAUGGUUGAGGACUCACGCGGCGUCUUUAUCUGGGUGUUUCUUGUUGUCGAGAGCUUGCUACGAGGUCUUUCCAAUGAGGACCGACUCGUUGAGCUGCGUCGCCGGUUGAAUGAGACGCCCAAGACCCUCAACGACUUGUUUGAGCGAAUGCUGAAUUCAGUCGAGGUCAUAUAUCAGGAACAGGCAGCGCAAAUCCUGGCUGUUGCGUUGCAAGCCGUCGAGCCAUUGUUUGUCAUUGUCUACUCGUUCAUCGGCGACGACGCACACGAUGCCCUGACGUCUGAGGUACGGCCGUGGACCGUGGAAGAGUGCAUCUCGGCUUCCAAAACCGCAGAGUUACGCAUCAGCGUGCGCUGCCCGGACCUCAUCAAGAUUAGGAAAGGGAAAGGGUAUCCGACCACGACGCAGAGCAUGGUGCGUCACCAGCUUGAUUUCCUUCACAGAACAGUCCGCGACUUUCUUACCCUUGAAGAUACGCAAAGACGCUUACAUGGCCGGUUGCAGAAGCCAUUUGACCCGGUCGAGUUUACCUGUCAUGGACUUCUCAGCCAGGUCAAGGGCGCAGCGGCCUCGGAUGAUGGUUUUUGGUCUAACGACGGUCCCCGCAAGGAGCACUGGGAACUGCUGGAAACCAUGUGUCAUUAUGUGGGCGUGCUGGAACAGCGCACCGGAAAGCCGCAACUCGAGUUACUUGAUGAACUGGAGCGUGUGAUUGCCCAGCAGGUUGGCACACGUGAUUUUGUUAUUAGCGGUGAGUCGUUUCUCGGCGUCAUGGUCCGUAGAAACUUGUAUCUCUACGUGGAAGCGAAGCUCCCGCAGGGCUUGCCCAGGCACGGCGUGCCGCUGCUCGAGUGCGCGCUGUGGCCAGAAGGACAUUUCCAGGACGGGCAGCCAUUGCCCAGGAUGGUUUCGCUGCUACUCGACCACGCCGGGGCCAGGCCGGCAGACAUGGGCGGCAAUGGUGCGAAAUCCAUCUGGUACGGCUACUUGUACGGGCUGUACAAGUUGCGUCAGCAAAGCGGGAGUCCUCUGUCGCAGGCUGCGCGCGAGGCACACGCUGCGGUCAUGGCGAGCCUGUUGCGCCACGGAGCGGAUACGAGGGUGCGCUGCGCCGUGGGCCGCACGGAGCCGAGGCCGGCGGUCGGCAGAGCAAAGGGCAUCAGGUACCUUGUAUAUAAGGACGUCUUGGAGAUUUUGCAGGAAGUGUUUCAACCUGAAGAUAGGGCUUAUCUUGAGGCCAUUGUGCAGGAACGGCGGCUGAGGUUUUGGUCGGACUGGACUGCGCCAGACUGGCUGCGUUUCAAGUUUUUGUCGACAACGUAG